ACUUCCUCGGCAGCUGCCAUUGCUGUGGCAUAUGAGGAAAGAGGGGAGGGGAAUAAGAGACAGUAGUGGAGAAGGAGAGAAUAAAAAGGGGGAGGGAGUGACAGAAAGGCGGAACGGCUUAAGGAAGAAGAAAAGAAAAAUAGCUGUCUCUGGAGGAGAGAAACUGUGAAAGGGGCUUCGUAGCGGGUGGAAGCAGCCAGACUAGCAGCGGUUCUAUGGCUCAGUCGGCUUCCAACGGUGUGGAGCAGGAUCUGGCCAGCAAGAGGCUACACUCAAGGAUGGAGGCCUCUUGCUUGGAGUUGGCUUUGGAAGGAGAGCGGCUGUGCAAGGCCGGGGACUUUAAAGGGGGAACAGCGUUUUUUGAAGCAGCAGUGCAGGUCGGUACAGAGGACCUGAAGACCCUAAGUGCCAUCUACAGCCAGCUGGGCAAUGCUUACUUCUACCUCAAGGAGUAUGGAAAGGCCUUGGAGUACCACAAACAUGACCUUACUUUGGCAAGAACAAUAGGAGACAGAAUUGGAGAAGGGAAAGCCAGUGGUAACCUCGGUAACACAUUAAAAGUGUUGGGGCGCUUUGAUGAGGCUGUCGUGUGCUGUCAAAGACAUCUGGAUAUCUCUCAAGAGCAAGGGGACAAGGUUGGAGAGGCCAGAGCUUUGUAUAAUAUAGGGAACGUGUUUCAUGCAAAGGGCAAACAGCAGUUAUGGGGCUGCUCACAGGAACCAGGAGACCUCCCCCCUGAUGUCAGAGACACACUGCAAAGGGCUACUGGAUUUUAUGAGAUGAAUCUGUGUUUGGUGAAAGAACUUGGAGACCGAGCUGCACAGGGAAGGGCCUAUGGAAACCUGGGCAACACCCACUAUCUGCUGGGAAACUUUGUUGAAGCUAUCAAGUUUCACCGACAGCGAUUAUCCAUAGCCAAAGAAUUUGGGGACAAAGCUGCAGAACGGCGAGCCUACAGUAACCUUGGCAAUGCCCUGAUAUUCCUAGGCCAGUUUAGCACAGCAACAGAACACUACAGGAAAACUUUACAACUGUCCAGGCAGCUAAGGGAUCAGGUGAUGGAGGCUCAGGCCUGUUACAGCCUCGGAAACACCUACACCCUUUUGCAGCAGUAUGAGAGGGCCAUAGACUAUCACCUGAAACACCUGUACAUCGCCCAGGAGCUCACUGAUAGAGUUGGUGAGGGUCGUGCCUGCUGGAGUCUGGGAAAUGCCUAUGUGUCUUUAGGGAACCACAAACAAGCUCUUCAUUAUUCCCGGAAGCACUUGGACAUCUCUAAGGAAAUUGGAGACAGACAUGGGGAGCUGACAGCCAGAAUGAAUGUGGAGCAGCUGAUGGAGGCUCUUGGAGUCAAUGAGAGUGACCUUUCACCCUCUAGUUCAGAGUUUGAGAUGCAAGGAGCGAGACCAAAAUUCACCAAGAGAAACAGCAUGGAGAGUGUAGAGCUGUGGAAGUACUCUACAGACAAGAAUGGUGACAACCAAGACAUGGAGAGUAUACCCAGGAGGCCUAAGAGUCAGCUGUCCCAGCCAGGUAAAAGAAAAGGCUAUCCAGACAGUCAGUCAUCAGACGAAAGGCUGUGGUUGGACUCGCCUCUGGACACUGAUGACAUCACUUUGCAAGUUCCCCCUCCAGUGCCAAAGCUGGGCCGUGACCCCUCCGAUGAAGACUGCUUCUUUGACCUCCUCAGUAAAUUCCAGAGCAGCCGCAUGGAUGAUCAGCGCUGCGACCUUGAUGAGCCUCAGAACGGAGACCAUGGAGAAGGUGCUGCAAAUGUCAUGCCUUCCCUCAAUGAGAGGAUAGAUGCUGGGAUCACAACCUCACCCCAGACUGAGGAGCUCUUUGAUUUGAUUGCCAGCUCUCAGAGCCGCCGUUUGGAUGAUCAGCGGGUUAAUGUUGGUAAUCUUCCAGGCUUGAGGAUUACUUCUAACAACCUUGGACACCUGGUGGGGGAAGGAGAUCAUCAAGAACCCAGUGAUGACUUCUUCAACAUGCUAAUCAAGUGCCAGUCCUCAAGGAUUGAUGAUCAGCGGUGCUCCCCACCAGAGGCCGGCCCCCACGCCCCCACAGUGCCUGAUGAAGACUUCUUCAGUCUAAUCCAAAGGGUGCAAGCAAAGCGUAUGGAUGAGCAGCGGGUCCAGCUGCCUGAGGACCAGGAAAGCCCUCCAUCCCCUGAGCCAGACUCCCCUGGUGGCUUCUCCAGCUAGGACUUUGUGAAUCAAUACUGCGAAACUUCAUGUCAAAGAGAAUUACAGCUGAAAGAAAAGGAAAGAAGGAAGGAUGAGCCAACAUUUAAAGAUGGCACUGAAGGGUGAACUAACAAGAUUUUAAAUAACAAGACAAAUUCAAUGUGCAAUAGGUUGUGCCCUGUCAAAUGUUCGCUCAGUGUAUUCUGCUAUAUGUGUGUAAAUAUAACAGAGAAGCAGACAGAAUUUAAGCUUGGCGGUGUGAGGACAAGAGAAAGUUUCAAGGGGACAUGAUAACGACAAAAACGACAUACAUUUCCAAUCUAAUGCCUUAAUCCGCAUUUUUUUCAGACUCAAGAUUGUAUUCCCUGGAGUCAGACGUGUUUCCUGAAAGCACACAAGGGGCAGUGUUAUAAAGAUGGAGGAUUUGAAAACCUGUGCUGGAGUCGUGGAAAUUUACAAGGAUUUAAUAAUAGAAACAGAAAAGAUGAGAACUUAAGAGAGAUAAAGUUGGACUGAAACCGGUACCAGUUUCAUAAAAGCUUGAUCGAUGAUGUAAAAACUAGGGAUGCAUUUCUGAAUCAGUUGAGCAUCGGUAUUGGCCCUGUUGACGAUGUGGGCAAUGUGGGACCUAUAUAUCGUCUCUGAGAAAGAUCAGCAGUCUGUGAGAUAUCCCAGUGACAUUUCAAGAGAAGGGACUUCUAGCAACACUUAAAAUACAUCAAAUGUAAUAGCUCAUUUGAAAAAAGUCUACGUCAGAUUUGGCUAUUGGCUCACUUGUAACUCCAAAAAAUCGUAAUCGGCCCUGAUUUUCACACUCAGUGCGUCUCUAGUAAAAAUUGUCUCUCUCUAUCAAAAAAGUUGAAUUCAAAAAUGUAUCAGUUCAUUCUGAUUGAUGCUGCUUUUAUCAUUUUAUUUCGUGGUUUCCACCACUCAUAGAACUGGUGUUAUUUGUGCAGUAACAGUAUUAGGGAUUUCCAUUCAGUGUUUAACUGUCCGAUCAGUUGAACUCUCCGCUGACUGAUAAUCACGUUCAAUGUUUUCCAGCUUAGACAAAACAAUGUGAUUCCUGUAAAUUGGCAGACUCAGUGAAAUCUGAUCAUUUCUGUGCUUUUAUUAAAAUGAAGAGCUUCACACAGUGUGUGGGAUCCAAGGUUACCGAGCAAACGAUACGAACACAGCUGCUUUCUUUUAGACUCAAGAUUAGAGUCCUGGGAUAUUUCAAGCUCCUAUUAAUGUUUCUGCUUAGCUUCUGAAGUAACGCUAACUGCUGCCCGUAAUGCUCUCAACGUCUGAUAACAGACCAUUGCUUACUGCCAUUAUCACGUAACAUAGAAAUAGAAGCAGAUGGAUCAGGUGGAAUCUAAUAUCAUGAACAAUACUGACCCACUUAUUCUAGGCUGUGCUGCCCCCCUGUGGUCAAAACAUGGUAUUACCUCUGAAACACCGUGCAGACUAUUCAGUUGGUCAAAUAUUCCAUCCUCUUGGCCACACUUCAUGAGAGUAUUAUGACACACUGAAAAGAAGACAAGUUUGUCUUUUUUGUCUGGUUUCAGCAUCAGAGUUUUGCCAACAUGGACCACGUUUGUGGAGAUUUUUGUGAAUUCUUUUGUAAAGGUUAGAGUGCAUCAUCAAAAUCAAGUCAAGCUAUUUGUAAUGAGAAAGGAAACUUGCCUCUGUAAAAUGGAACGGUACAAAAAAGUACUUGACCUAACCUUUUGGGUUUGCUUUUUAAUGAGACGUAGUGCAUACCUCAUUUUGUACCUCUAAGCUUCUUAACCUUAGUAUUCUGAACCAGGAUGGAUCAUGGUCCAAGUUUCUCUGUUUGAUUCAUCUAUCUUUGAUAAACAAGACAUUGGGAGCUAACGUUGAUAUUUUCUUCAGUUUUGUUUUUGUUUUUGUGUGAAUUAACAUUUUUAGACAGUACUCGGUACGCUUCUAUUUGUCUCUGCCAUAAUUUGUACAUAUAAAUAUAUUUUGUAUUUAUGUUCCAUUUGAGGACAUGAAUAUGUCCCUUCAUGCUUUUAAUAAAAUGUUUCAGAUGUUU